UUAACAUUUAAAUUUAUUAAGUUUGUUGCGAUAAGCGAGUGUAAUCAAUAUACAUACAGGAUUAUAUAUAAAUAAAUGAUUGCAACAAAGUCAAAGUUAGUAAUAAUGAGGUAGCUUCAGCGCGCGCUAGUCUGUAAUUUAGUUUAGGUGUUUUUGUUUUGAGUUUUUAAACGUUAACAAAUUAUUUCGUGAUACAAUGGAGGUUAAAGGCUUUUACUAUAAUAAAGAAGGUGCUCAGGCCCUAAAAAAAUCAUCGCUAAGACAGUUUGCCCCCUUGAUGGUGGCCAUGGUAGGCUUGCCAGGAAGGGGCAAAAGUCUCUUGGCAAAAAGACUUUCAAGAUAUCUAAACUACACUGGCGACAUCACAAAAGUUUAUGACAUCAGCGAGUACAGGAGGAAGCACAUGAAGAAGUACACGACGCACGACAUGUUCCGCGCAGACAACCUCCCAGCUUGGCGCAUCAGGCAGCAGAGUUUCCGAGAGGCCCUCGAGGACGCGGCCGAUUGGCUGAAACGUCCCGACAGCCAGAUCGCCAUCUUGGACGGACCCAACGUCUCAAGGUCCCAGAGGCAGGAGAUCUACGACCUGGUCUACGGCCAGCUCGGGUACAGGGUCAUGUUCAUCGAGUGCGUUUGCGAGGACCCCGUCAUGUUGGAGAGGAACUUCAAAGAAAUUUUGCAAUACAGCGCCGACUACAGAGACAUGGCAACCGAGGAGGCCCUCAAAGAUCUCACAAACAAAAUGGCGCACUACAAGGCCCAAUACGAAUCCCCCACUUUGGGCUCCAUAUGGGGUCUCCCAUGCCCCAUGGUUAAACUACUGGACGGAGGGGACGGUGGGGUAAUAGCCCACGGGGUCACUGGUACUAAAGAAUCAAAGAUUUUGGCUUAUAUAAGUACGCCUAGGCCUUGGCAGCAGACCCUUUACUUCAGCAGGCACGGAGAAAGCGAGUUCAACGUGGUUGGAAAAAUUGGCGGAGACGCGCCUUUGUCCCCCAGAGGGCGCCUCUACUCGCAAUGCCUGGCAAAACAUAUUCACGCACUUAAAAUACCGUCACUGCAAGUUUGGACCUCCACACUGCAAAGAACUAGAGCCACAAGUGCGAAUAUACAAGCGCCGCAGCAACAUUUGCACGAGCUGGACGAGAUUUUUUCGGGUGAUUGCGAGGGCUUCACCUAUGAAGACCUGCAGGAGCACUUUCCCAAAGAACUCGCCCUUAGAGACAAGGAAAAGCUAAAAUACCGCUACCCUCGAGGCGAGAGCUACAUAGACGUCACCCAGCGUCUUACUCCGGUACUAACGCAACUUGAAUGCGAAACAAACGUACUUACGGUAUCCCACCAGGCGGUGCUGCGUUGCAUCCUGGGCUACUUCCUCGAAACGCCGCCGGAUGAGAUACCGUACGUACAUGUACCCUUGCACACCAUCAUCAAAAUCACCCUGCAAGGCUUCAACUACAACAUGGAGACGGUUAAGAUGCCCAUCGAUUGCGUGGACACGAACAGAGCUAAACCCACGAAUUGUUCGGAGAGCAGAACGAAGGAGGACGUCUUCAAGACCAUCCCAGCCCACUUCGACUCGGUAGCGGCCAUACAAAACUUAAAUUUAUGCACUUAGGUGCCAUACUCUCCCAUAUAAUACACAUAAGUCCGCGGUAUUAUUGGACUCUGAUCUGAUCUUAGUAUUACCUGAUAAGCAGUUGCAAUAUAGCGGUAUAUCACAGCUUGAUUUUCUCUCACUUGGUUUUAAAAAGAAUAUUUCUGAAUGAGGCAAUAAUUUGUUUUUUCGUAGGUAUAGGAUUAACUGUGAUUAGAGCAUUUUAUUUUGCCGUAUUGUCCUCGAAAAAUCCACUGUAAUUUGGUACUGUUU